AUGUUUUACACUUAUUUUUUCUAUGCUUUAACAAUUUUGUCUAUAAGAGAAAGUUUAUGCUUACCAAAAAAUUAUCUUACUACUUCUCCAUACCUUACUGAUUUUGAUACUGAAUUAACGCCUGAAUAUAGUCAUCAUGAAACUUUUAACCAUAAGAGAAAUGUCGAUCUUGAUGAUAUUCUUUCAAAACCUGAAGAAGUUUUUGAAAUGAGUUUAGAUAGUUUAUCGUCAAAUGAAGAGGAUAACGAAGAAUAUGAAAUAGAAAAUGAUAAUGAUGAGUUUUUAGAUCACAAUGAAAGCGAAAUUGAUAAACGUUCUUAUAAAGAUGAUCAUAAAAAGAGAGAAAAAAAAGAUAUUACAAAAAUUAUUAGUGUAUCAUCAACGAAUACUAAAGAGUCUACACAAAAUAGUGUAAAUAGUGUUAAUAGUGUAAAUAGCGUAAAUAGUGUUAGUUCUUCAAGUAGUUCAAUUAGUUCAAGCAGCUCAAGUAGCUCAAGUAAUUCAAAUAAUUCAAACGGUGUACAUAAUUCAAAUACCGUUGUUAGUAAAAGCGAAAGUCAUAUUUCUAUUGAAUAA